AUGAAAUUCGACACGCAGGACCUUGCUGAGAUCGGAGGGGCGAAGCUUCCACGAGUUAAAGGUUCAAAGGAGAGGAAGUAUAAUGUACUCAUACAUGACGAAGGAACAACUUCUGUUCUCGAUGCUUGUGGCGGAGCAGCAGUUGCCUGCCUUGGUACCGGUGGAACUCCAGAAAUCGAAAGGGUAAAGAGAGCAGUGCGAGUUCAGAUGGAAAACAGCUUCUACAUUGCGCACGCGUUUGCCGGUUCAGAUCCCUGCGAUCAACUGUGCGAAAAGUUGCUUGCAUCUGCAAAUGAUAAAAACAAGGGUUCCGAGGCGGGCGACUCAAUGAUGAAGUUGGUGUGGCAGUAUUGGCACUCACGUGGCAGAGAAUCGGAGAGAAAUAUAUUCCUCUCGCGAGAGUCGUCGUACCAUGGUAAUACCAUUGGGGCACUUUCCAUUAGUCAUUUUCCAGCUCGACAAGAUCAGUACAAGAGAUUGCUCCUGCAGAAUUGCAUCAAAACCAGACGCUAUUAUCCGUACCGAGACCAGAGGCAUAAUGAGACGGAGCUAGAGUACGUAAACAGAAUGGUCGACGAACUCAUCAAGAUAUUGGACUCCGACGAAUGCAGCACUAAGCCAAAGAGGGAGAGAGGGAGUGAGACGGGAGGUGACAGGGUAGCUGCUUUCAUUUUAGAACCUGUAUCUGGUGCUGCACUAGGUUGCCAGCCCGCAGGGGCCACUUACUUGAAGAAGGUGAAGAAGGUUUGCCAUGAUCGUGGGAUAUUACUUGUGUACGACGAAGUCAUGUGUGGGUUAGGCCGUACAGGAUACAUGCAUGCCUGGCAUUACGACGAGGAACAAACACUACCACCAAACGAGCCGUCAAUUGGUAAAUGUCUUGCGGCUGGGGUCAUGCCAGCUGCCGGUAUAAUGGUGAACAAGAGGGUUUCAAGCGCCUUGGGAAAAAACGCCUAUAUCCAUGGCCAUACUUAUCAGGCCCAUCUUCUCGUUUGUGCUGCUGCCCUCGAAGUCCAAAAAAUUGUGGGCGGCAUGGAAAAGGACGAGAACGGAGAAACCUUCCUCGAUCGCAUCCGAUCUAGGGGCGUCUAUCUUAAGAAUAAACUGGACGAACUUCUUGGUGAACCUUAUGUCGGGGACGUCCGUGGACGCAGCCUUUUCUGGGGGAUCGAAUUCGUGAAAGACAAAGCCAGUAAAACGCGAUUCAAUCGUGAUAUCAGCAGUGAAAUCUCACGUCAUGGCGCCAAGAAUAUUUGGACUCAUCCGGGAAAGCCUAAAUCAGCUAUACACGUUUACCCUGGAAGUUGGAGACUCGCAGAUAAGCAUGGCGUGGAACAGGGAGGCCACCAUAUCAUUAUCGCACCUGCCUUAAACUGCACUGAAGAUGACAUCGAUGAGAUUGUGGGUAAAGUUAAGCAGCUGAUCCGUGAUUUCAAGUAUAUGCGCGACCCAACGAAUCCGCAAACCUAG